UCAACCGCGCGCACAGCAGGAGAAGGCCUUAUACGGCCGGACGAGCCCCCUGUUUCUGCAUUGUGCUCUCGUUUGGUUUGUACGGACGGCCGGACGGAAACCCCUCGUACGUCCGGCCGCCUCACCACCCAGCGUGGGGGCGUGGGCAAGGCGAGGAGGGAAACAAGGAAAAGGGAUUUCUUGACCCGGAGAGGAUCGACGGGGAUGCAGCUUGUUUCGACAAAUUAAGGUGGGGAUUUACUUUGAGCAGGAGGUGUGCUUCAAGGCUCAAAGCAAGCAGCUUGGCGGCUUGGUUUGUUGCAGCCAGCCAGCGCGUGCGUGUGAGAAGACAAGCGCGAGGCGGCGGGGGAGGACAAGGGUGGGUCGCUUACCUGUGCAGCACGAGUUGGAGGAGGUGAUCGGCGACGGGAGGGAGGCCCCCUCCUCCCGACGUACGGCAGCGGCAGGUUUGGUUCCGAGGAUGGGAGGGAGAAUGGAAGGGACAAGGGUUUAUUGGGGGGAUGGGAUGGGAUGCCAAGUGGACCAGGUCCAUGGACAUUCCUACCAAGUGUAAGUAGCUAAAGCUAAUUAAGCACUCUUUUUUAAGAUUAUGGUUCCUCGUCAGCUUCUUUUUCUUCUUCUCCACCCUCGCAAGCCCCAGGUCUCCAUGCCACCGUCGCACCUCCACGCGCAGCUCCUCAAGCUCGGCAUGUCCGGCGACACCUUCACCGCCAACCACCUGCUCAUCGCCUACUCCAGAACGGGGCUCCUCAAGAACGCGCUGGGCGUGUUCGACGAAAUGCCGCACAGGAACCUGGUCUCCUGGACCGCCAUGGUGUCCGGCUCGGCGCGCGGCGGCGCGUCUCAGCUGGGGCUCGGGCUGUUUGUCUCCAUGGUGAGGAGCGGAUUCUUGCCCAACGAGUUCGCCCUCGCCAGCGCGCUCCGUGCCACCGCUUCUUGUCACGACGGGCUCCGGCUUGGCCUUUCGCUCCACGGCGUCGCGGUGAAAGUCGGCGUGGGUGGGGAUCCUUUCGCCGGGAGCUCGCUGCUGCUCAUGUAUGCCAACCACGGCCGCGUUGCUGAUGCCGAGGGCGCGUUCGCGGAGGUGCGGCGCAGGGACCUGGCUUGCUGGAACGCGAUGCUGGAGGGAUAUGUCUCCAAUGGUUGUGGGCACGAGGCGAUGAGGGCGGUGGUUCUGAUGCGCCGGUGUGACAUGUUCACCUACGUUUCGGCUGUCAAGGCAUGUUUGAUCACCGGGGAGUCGGAUUUUGGGCGGCAGCUUCACGGGUGUGUCAUUCACAACAUGUUUGAGCCCGAUACCUCCGUGAUGAAUGUGCUUGUUGAUAUGUAUUUCAGAGCCGGGCUGAAGGACGUUGCCAUGGCAGUCUUUCGCAGGAUUCUGCGAAAGGACACGAUUUCUUGGAAUACAGUGAUAUCCGGUUUCGCGCAUGAUGAAGACGACAGGGAAGUUCUAGGCUGCUUUGCUGACAUGUCACGGUCAGGUUGUAAGCCCAAUGAAGUCACUUUGUCUGUCAUGCUGAGACUCUGUGCUGCUAAAGAGAACGCCUCACUUGGUCUUCAGAUCUUUGGCCUUGCCUAUUGUCAUGGCUACUCUGAAAAUGUUCUCGUAGCGAAUGCAGUUAUCAACAUGCUAUCUAGAUGUGGAUUACUCAACUCUGCAGAUGGCUUCUUCUGUAACCUCAGGUUCAGAAACAUCGUGACAUGGAACGAGAUGAUUGCAGGAUAUGGUUUGUACAGCUAUUCUGAAGAUGCGAUGAGGCUCUUCCGCAGCAUGGUUUGCUUCGGUGAAAGACCGGAUGAGUUCACCUAUUCAGCUGUUUUGUCUGCCUUCCAAGAAGCUCAUGAACCAAGGAACCAUGAGCAAGUCCACGCAAGUAUUCUGAAACAAGGUAUCACUUCAAGGCAGUUUGUGUCAACUUCACUGAUCAAGGCAAAGGCAGUGUUUGGAUCGGUUCAGAGCGCGCUGAAAAUCAUGGAGGACACUGGCAAGAUGGAUUUGGUGUCAUGGGGAGUCGUGAUAUCAGCAUUCCUGAAGCAUGGCCUGAACAAUGAAGUCAUGUCCCUUUUCGAUUUGUUCAGAGGUGACUCCAUGAAUAGAGCUGACGAGUUCAUCCUCGCAACAGUCCUGAAUGCCUGCGCAAAUGCUGCAUUGCUCAGGCAGUGCAGACGCGUCCAUUCACUUGUUAUCAGGACAGGGCACAGCAAUCACUUCUGUGUGGCGAGUGCUCUAGUCGAUGCCUACGCAAAGUGCGGUGGCAUAGCCUCUGCAAAGAGCGCUUUUGCCGAUGUAUCAUCAGGAAGUGGUGAUGCCAUACUGUACAACACCAUGCUGACAGCUUAUGCUAACCAUGGCCUGAUCAACGAAGCCCUGAGUCUGUAUGAAGAUAUGGCACGAGCUCAAUUGGUCCCAACUCCAGCCACGUUUGUUGCCCUUGUUUCAGCAUGCAGCAACUUCGGGCUAGUGGAGCAGGGGAAGAUUCUAUUCAGCCUCAUGCUGUCCGAAGAACAUGGCAUUCAUCCUACAAGAGCCAACUAUGCCACCUUAGUUGAUCUCCUGGCACGGAAAGGGUUCCUUCAUGAGGCGAAAGAUAUCAUUGAGGUAAUGCCACUCCAUCCAUGGCCUUCGGUCUGGAGGUCUCUGAUGAACGGUUGUCGGAUCCAUGGGAACAUGGAACUUGGUGUGCUUGCAGCAGAGCAGAUCCUGAGUAUGACACCGAGCAGCGAUGGCGCCUAUGUUUCGCUGUCAAAUGUCUUCGCUGAUGAUGGAGAGUGGCAUUUGGCAGAAGAGGCCAGGAAGAUGAUGGCUGAGAAUCAAGUCCGGAAGGUGCAUGCGUAUAGCAGGAUUGAGGUUUAGGGAUGUCGUGUAUAUGAGUAGUUAGCACUAACACAAUAGCCAUGUGCUUGGCAUUGACAUAGUAGCACUAACACAAU